AUGGUGUCACCAUGUGAGAAGGAAAUAUACCUUGGCCAGCCCGUCAGACCCCUCACACCUCCUCUCUCCUCCUCACACGUAGACCUUGGCCAGCCCGUCAGACCCCUCACACCUCCUCGCUCCCUCCUCUCUCCUCCUCACUCCUCCUCACUCCUCCUCGCUCCUCCUCGCUCCUCCUCACACGUAGACCUUGGCCAGCCCGUCAGACCCCUCACUCCUCCUCGCACCUCCUCGCUCCUCCUCACACGUAGACCUUGGCCAGCCCAUCAGACCCCUCACUCCUCCUCGCACCUCCUCUCUCCUCCUCACACGUAG